AUGUCCAGCGUCAAUAUUAGCGACAUCGCCGCGACCCUGCGCACAGCGCGCGCCGAAGCAAAGCCUAUCGACCCGCCCUCAAAGACAUGGCCGGCCCUCGACGCCGAUAGCGCGUUCAAAGUCCAGCAGGUCAACUCAGAAUAUGCCAUCAAGAACGGUGACCGAUUAGUCGGAUACAAGCUGGGCAACAUCGCCAAAGUAAUGCAAACCGCCUUUGGUCUUGACCACCCAGACUACGGCUUCCUGCACGCAAGUUCGUUCACAUACGAAGGCACGCCGCUGCACCGUGAGAAGUUCAUCAAGCCAUUCGUCGAGCUCGAGCCUGCGUUCGUGCUGAGCAAGGAUCUCAAGGGUCCUCAUGUCACAGUCGCCGAGGUGAUCAACGCCAUUGACUAUGCCGUCCCGGCAAUUGAGAUUAUCGACUCGCGGGUCAAGAACUGGAACAUUGGGCUUGCGGAUACGUUGGCGGACAAUGGAUCUACGGGCGCCAUUAUCCUCGGUGGUUCACCGCGCAAGGUCACGGAUAUUGCGCUCAAUGAUAUCCAGGGCAUUUUGGAGUUCAAUGGCACGGAGGUGAUGAGGGGGAACACAAGGAAUGUUCUUGGAAACCCGUUGGGUGCUGUUGCUUGGCUGGCGAACAGACUUGCUGAAUAUGGCAUUGAGUUCAAGGCUGGCCAGGUGAUCAUGCCCGGCAGUUGCUUGCAGGCUGUGCCCAUGGAGAAAGAGGGAAGAUGGACUUGUACGUUUGAGGGAUGGGGCACCAUUGAGUUUGAUGUUGUGUGCCCAACCAAGUCCAAAAUAUAG